AUGGGACGUCCGUUCACCCGAGCGGGCGGGGAGGCUCUGCGCGCGGAGGCGUGGCCAGCGGACGAGGGGCGUGGCUUGAAUAGCUGGGGCGUGGCCAUGGUGGGAGGGGCGGGGCUGCUUAAAUAUUUAUCCGACAUAAUGGAAGAGGGUUUUGGGUUGGCGUCAGCAUUGCUGCUGGUGGUGCGGCUCGGCGCGUUCGAUGAUAUCGUCAUCACGGAGCGCUGCCAAUAUGACUUCGUAUUUUACCGACUCCGGAGAUACCCCGUCGACGACGCCAUCGGCUUAAUUAUGAGCCAAUGCGGACUAACCGAGUUAAACCCUAUCGACAUAGCUAAUCUGACGAGACUAAAGAUGUUGGUUAUAGACGACAACGCGAUUGAUUACAUAGACCCCGCUAUAUUCCGUUCUUUGCCAACAUUAAAAACUCUGAGAAUUAGUAAUAAUAAGAUACGCGAGCUGCCGAUCUUCCCCGUGGACUCCUGUCCCAGCUUGUUCAUCUUAGACUUAAGCGAGAACCAGCUCACGGGAAUAAACGACCCGAGGACGUUUGCGGCAUGCACGAGGUUAACGGACCUUGACUUGUCAUCUAAUAAAAUAUCGUACAUCCACCCGGACGUAUUUCACAUAUUUAAUGUUAGUCUCAAGCGUCGCAACAACGGGUUUCAUUUUUUUUACUUCUACGACAACCCCUGGCACUGCGCUUGUCUGCUAGAGCUGCUGGUCGACGUGCGCAGAGCGAACUUUUACUAUACAAAUGCACUGUAUGAGUAUGACGGCAAAGUGCCGAUGUGUGUGUACAGUGGCCCGUAUCCGUGCCACCGCGCGCGCCCCUCUAGGCUGUUGCGGUUGGCGUCAGCUUUGCUGCUGGUGGUGCAGCUCCGCGCGUACCCGGACGUCGUAUCCACGCAGCGCUGUCUUAAUAGCACCUUUAUGCGACUCCGGAGCUACCCCAUCGACGACAACGCCACCCACUUAUUUCUAGGCGACUGCGGAUUAACCGAGUUAAACCCUAUCGACAUAGCUAAUCUGACGCGACUAGAGGUGUUGCAUUUGGACGGCAACGCCAUUGAUUACAUAGACCCCUAUAUGUUCCGUUCUUUGCCAACAUUAAAAUCUCUGAGUAUUAGUAAAAAUAAAUUACACGAGGUUCCGAUCUUCCCCGUGGACUCGUGUUCCCGCUUUAUCGACUUAGACUUAAGCAAGAACCGGCUCACUGGAAUAAACGACCCGAGGACGUUAGCGGCAUGCACGAGGUUAAUUUGGCUAAGCUUGUCAUCUAAUAAAAUAUCGUACAUCCACCCGGACGUAUUUCACUCCUUAACUAGUUUGAUAACUUUAAUCUUAAAUAACAAUCAACUGAAGUUUAUUCCGGACCACAUGUUUGCUCAGACCCCGAUUAGCUUUCUACUUCUUAAUGAGAACAGCUUAACUCAUUUGCCGCAUGAUUUUGUUGGCAGUCUUAAACGUCGCAAUAAUGGGUUUAAUGAUUUUUACUUCCACGACAACCCCUGGCACUGCGCUUGUCUGCUAGAGCUGCUGGCCGACGUGCGCAGAGCGGACGUUUUCAAUACAAAUGCAGAUUAUGAGUAUACCGGCAAAGUGCCGAAGUGUGUGUACAGCGGCCCGUAUCCGUGCCACCGCUCGCGCCCCUCUGGGCUGUUUCGUUUGUAA